CAUAUAAUGGAGAACUUAGGCAGAAGAGGGUGAAAAAUCCAAAGAUUGAUCUCUUAGUUGGUUGAGUUAAUUGCUUUCUUUGAAUUGACAUUAUAGCCAUGCUCAAUUUUUUCUGAAAUAGAUAUUUCAAAAACCUUCUCGCUAAUGGUGCAAAAGACUGUAUUGAAGGUUGAUGUUUCUUGUGAUAAAUGCAAGAAGAAGAUCCUAAAAGCAGUUUCAGGACUGCCAGGUGUGGAAAAAAUUGAAAUUGAUGGAGCAAAGGGGACUUUGAGCGUAACGGGUGAUGCUGACCCAUACGAGGUCAUUGUGAGAUCGAGGAAAGCUGGAAAAUAUGCGGAGGUGGUGAGUAUUGGGCCUCCACCAGCUCCUCCAAAACCAGAUGGACAGAAAAAGCCCGAAGAGAAGAAGCCUGAGCAGAAGCCCAAACCUCAGCCUCAGCCCAUGGCCCAGAUGUAUGCUCCUCCCCCUCCAAUUAUGCCCCCAGUCUGUGCUGUCUGUCAGGGAAUAACACCAGUUGUUCAUGUGACGCGGAGGGAAGAACCCAACCCACAGUGCUCUAUUUUGUAGUAGCAGGCAGUUGCACAAUUUUGAAAGAAAAAAGAAAAGUCCAAUAAUGUCGGCAAAUGACUUAUAAGUUCGAAUAUAUAGACCAGUCUAAUAUAUUUGUAAACAUCUUCAUUUAAUGUCUUAUGUUUUGUUAAGACACUACGGUAUGCCUUUUACUUAAACCUAGGAACAAUAUAACUUGGUUGAAAAUGACUGCAAUUGGAGAGACUAACAGUUGAGCAAGCAAUAACUGCAA